AUGGUCGCCGUUCUCCGCUCGCUCCCCCGUGCCGCCGCCCCUGCGCGCCGCGCCUUCGCCGCCGCCGCCGUCCGCAGCAAGCACACCCUCCCGGACCUCCCGUACCCCUACGACGCCCUUGAGCCCUCGAUCUCAAAGAAGAUCAUGACGCUCCACCACGACAAGCACCACGCGACCUACAUCGCCGGCCUUAACGCCGCUGAGGAGAAGCUCGCUGGCCUCCAGGCAAGCCAGGACGUCAAGGGCCAGAUCGCCCUCCAGGCGGCGCUCAAGUUCAACGGCGGUGGCCACAUUAACCACUCGCUCUUCUGGAAGAACCUCGCGCCUACCGGCUCGAACCAGACCCAGAUUCCCACCUCCGGUGCCCUCGCCGACCAGGUCAAGAAGGACUUUGGCUCGUUCGACAACCUCAUCGAGCAGAUGAACACCAAGACCGCGGCCAUCCAGGGCUCCGGCUGGGGCUGGCUCGGCUACAACCCGACCUCCAAGGUCCUCGAGGUCGUCACCACCGCCAACCAGGACCCCCUCCUCACCCACGUCCCCCUCAUCGGCAUUGACAUCUGGGAGCACGCCUUCUACCUCGACUACCAGAACGUCAAGGUCGACUACCUCAAGAACAUCUGGAAGGUCAUCAACUGGGAGGAGGCCGAGAACCGUCUCAAGGCCGCCCUCUAGGAGCUAAGAUUCUGAGUUAGUUCUUGGUUAGAAGAUGCAAAAGUGAAGCAGUAC